AUGGCAACGAUUGAUGAUAACAUUUGUAUAGCGUCCACGACUGUCCCCUUCUCCUUAAUACGAGCAGCCCCGGCAGCAUCGAUCUCAUCUUCCACCCCGAAAUCAGCUACCUCAGUCACUCCAGCCACGACCUCGAACGAUGGCUCGCGGUUACCCGUCACAGGCGGCAUCCGUCGCGAAGUGCCGCUCCCAUCACAGGAGAAGAAACAAGGCGCCAUGCAAUAUGCGCUCACUACACUUGAUCAGAUUGCCAACUGGGCGCGACAGGGCUCGUUGUGGCCUCUCACCUUCGGUCUUGCUUGCUGUGCCGUCGAGAUGAUGCAUCUGUCCACACCACGGUACGAUCAAGACAGACUGGGAAUUAUAUUUCGAGCGUCCCCGCGACAGAGUGAUGUGAUGAUUGUGGCCGGCACCCUCACGAACAAAAUGGCUCCGGCUUUGAGACAGGUCUACGACCAAAUGCCCGAUCCGAGAUGGGUCGUCAGUAUGGGCAGCUGCGCCAAUGGCGGUGGCUACUAUCACUACAGCUACAGUGUGGUCAGAGGCUGCGAUCGGAUUGUUCCCGUGGACAUCUACGUUCCUGGAUGUCCCCCGACCAGUGAGGCUCUGAUGUACGGUAUCUUCCAGCUACAGAAGAAGAUGCGACAUACCCGUAUCACGAGACUGUGGUACAGGAAGUAA